AGCAGCUUGAAAUUCAACUGUCAUUGGUAGUGAAGUACAAGAAUUAGAAAAAUCAUCAUUUAUAACACUUGCAGUCAUAAAAUCCGAGGUUGCAUAGGUUCUCAAUUUUGGAGCCUUACGAACUGGUUUAGCUUUUUUUAAGUAGCAUGGAAAAGCUUCAAAAAUGCUUGGUAUGGCACCAUACCGAACUCUCACACACGAGAGACUAGUUCUAUCCAAAGUUGUAGCAGGGUGUCUAUUUUUUGUCGCACUUUUCCUACCUAAUUUUCAAUUUUGCUGAAGUGGUCGCGGGAGACAGAGGGGUUAAAUAAACAUUGUUUACAUUUGAUUCUAAUUAAAUAAAAUUUCAGUUUUUUUUUAGAUUAAAUAAAAUGGAAAAUAAAGAUGUUGAUAAAGCAACACUUACUUCAUUAAUUGUAUCAUCUAUAGCUGCUCUAUCUGUACCACCAUUAUCUGUUUCAGCUGUUCCACCUUCCACUGAUCUAACUGUGCCAUCAUCAUCUACUCCAACUGUGGCAUCUUCAUCUGCUCCAAUUGUGCCAUCAUCAUCUACUCCAACUGUGCCAUCAUCAUCUACUCCAACUGUGCCAUCAUCUGCUCUAACUGGUUAGUAUAUAUGUUUCAACUCUGCAAUAUGAUUUUAAAUAAAAUUUAUUUUUAAGAUUGUGUUAAAUGUUUCUUGAUUUUGAUUGAUGUAUAAUGCUUUGUUAUUUUUAUUUUUUAUUUUUUAUUUUUUAGGUUGGGGGAGGGUUUUCAUUAAAAAUUUUAAUGAAAACAAGUUAUUUUUAAUGCUAGGGUGUAUCAAACCAUCACCACCGCACCCACCUCCAUCGUUAACAUACGUCUCUCAUAUAAUCGGUGGUUUAAUAUAAUUUUAUAACAACUUUUUUUGUAUAUUUAAAUUACUUAUGUCUUGAAAAAAAACUUUUUUUCUGAAAAAAAUGUUCAGUUUCAUUAGGGUAAGGUAGUGGUUUGGUGCCCCCUCUGUCCAUCCGAUACGCCCGGUGGUUAGAGUUCAACAAAAAUUUGUAGCCCACUCUCACACCUAUCUUUUGACACCAAGAUAUUUGUAUUUUGAUAAGAAUUAAGAAAGUUAUGACAAUUUAAGUGAGGAAAAACAUAAUUUUGACCACAGUUUCUUC